AUGUCGCUACCAGAAUGGUGUCCUCCUUACACGGCUCGCAAGAAGUCGCCUAUAAGUGGCGAAGAGGUGUACUGUAUCUGCAAGAAGACCGAUUCCGGAGAGUUGAUGGUCGGCUGCGAUGGCUGCGAUGAUUGGUUCCACUUCUCGUGCUUGAGGAUUCCUGAGAAGUACAAGGAGCUUGUGUUUUCGUUCUACUGUCCGUACUGCCAAGCUGGGAUCACUGGCCCGUCGUCAAGGGCGGCUGCUGGCCAGGUUGAAGAACGAAGGACGAUCUGGAAACGCAAGUGUCGUUUGAGCGGUUGCUUCAAGCCCUGCCGGGAUGCCAGCAAGUACUGCUGCGAGGAACACGGCGAGCAGUACAUGAAGCAGGCGCUAGAGCGGCUGCAAGUCAAGGGACACACUCGAAGCGAGCAGGAACUGCUGGUCAAGCAGAUGCUCGGAUGCCUGGGAGGCUCGUCGCAGGAUUUUCAGGCGUUCGGCCAGCAUCCCUUCGCCGACGAGGAGGCAGUGAGGCAAGGCGAUCCUUCGCUGUACGACAGGAUAGUGUGCGAGGACCAAAGGCUGCAGGAGCUUCAGAACAAUCAGAAAGAGCUGCAAGAACAGACCAUCCCCAACAUCAGCAGCACCUUGGAGUCCCUCAGGACUUACAGACAAUGGCUCGACGACGUGAACAGCAAGCUACUUGCAGCGAAGGGCGACUCGCUAGCUCGCGACAAAGAAGGCGGUCGCCAGAGGAAGAAAACCAGCGGCAAGAAACAGAAGAAGACCAUAUGUGGGUAUUGCGCGCACUGGGAGGCCGUACCCUGCGCCGCAGACGAAAUUGUCGCCCAGUUUGAUGGCACAACCUCGACGAUACGCGGCGUGUGCACUAAGCUCAACUGCAACAAACAUGCAGAUUGGUCUUCGAUCGCCGCAGAACAGCUAACCAAUCAGUUGCGCUCGUUGCAAGCCCAUCAGGAUCGGCUACGCCUGCUGAUCAGCACCCGCAAGGAACAACUGAUGAUUCAAUUCUACGAGCGUUCACUUCUUCACAAGAAUUGA